AUGACUGCUCCCCUUCAGCAAUCCAUCGCGAGCUGCCGGCUUUUUCCCGCAGUCUCCAUAGCCCUGAGAGCGGUUUCCUGUCCGGCUGCAAAUGUUGCACAUGCAGAAGAUGGUGGUGGCGUGUCUAGUGGCUGCUCGCCGGGACGAGACAUGCGCCCUGUCCUCGCCUCCCUCGCCCGGCCCGCGGCUCGCCUUCGCGCACACACACCGACACUGCGCCGCGGCCGCCGCACGCGCGCCCGGCCCGCACGCCCGCACCCGCGCGCCCCUCCCCGAGCGCCGCGCUACCUCCGCGCGCCCCUCGCCCCCCGCUCGGCCGGCUGCACCCCGCCGGCGCUCCCCGCGCGCCCACGCUCCGCGGCCGGGCUGGAGCCGGGCUUUCCCUGCUCACCACUCGCCCACUCCCUCCUCUGUUCUCCCCCGGCUCGCGGAGGGACCUACUCCGGUGAUGGGCACCCCCUGCGCCCCUUUCUCCGCUUCUCCCGGCGCCUCGGUGUCUCCGCCGCACUGGGCAGGAAAUCGGCCCCGCGGGCGGGGUGCGCAAGCCUGGAUCAGGGGCUCGGGGAGUUAGUGGCUCCCCAGGCCCCCGGCCCCCUGCCGCAUUCUUGCAGGCUUGCGGGGAGGACCGGCUGCCUCGCUCCCCGACAGCCCUUGCCCUUCUCCCAGCCUCGCCCUCUUCUGCCACUGGGCUGCGCGCGGGGGACUCCGGUCCUCGCUGCAGCAAAGAUUUCUCACCAGCAAACAGCCCGGGAAUCUGGAGAGCCUGAGACAGGAAUGGAUGAGACUUCAGCGCUGCCUUGAUGGUGUCCAUGGUUGUGUGGACUGGGAAGAAGAACGCGGAUUAUCCUAGCAAGUGUCCAGGCUCUGGUGUGUUCCUCCAGGGGCACCGUGGCGAGGUCAUUUCAGCAGAUGGAUGGAGUCUGUGCGAACCCCCAGAAAGUGACCCUGGCAGCUGGGAAAGACAGGUUUCUGAUUUCCUCUCUGUGGCCUGAGGUCUCCUGCUGUCCACAGUAAAUGCAAUCCACUAAUGGAUUAAAC